AUGGCAAACCCAGAUGAAGUUUCGACUAUUGAAAGAAUCAGCAUCUAUCUUUUGGGGGAAUUUUCUCCUCGUGACCUAGAUAAUGGUGCCGCCGCCGCCGCCGCCGCAACCAGCUUUACUGAUUCGCCGGCUUCGUGUUCUGAAUCGGAUUUGCUUUCUGAUUCACGUCUCUCGAUUUCGGAUUAUUUCUUCGAUUUUGAAGAAAAUGAUCGGUCGGUUAUUGAUCUUACUACGCCGAGAUCGAAGCCGUCGCUGCGGAUUCAAGUGCCGGCGGUGGCCGCGGUGAAAAAGUUCGAGUGGAUCGAGUUCAGGGAAUCCGGUGAGGGGAACUCGGUGGUGGAAAAGGUAGAGGAGGGAGAGGAGGAGCGGCACUACAGAGGGGUGAGGCGGCGGCCGUGGGGCAAGUACGCGGCGGAGAUACGCGACCCCGCCCGCCGCGGGUCGAGGGUGUGGCUUGGGACAUUCGAAACUGCGGCGGAGGCGGCCAGGGCAUACGAUAGAGCCGCCUUUAAGAUGCGAGGAAGCAAGGCGAUUCUCAACUUCCCGCUGGAAAUUCAGCGGGCGGCGGAUGAGGCCGGAGGGAAGCGGCGGAGAGAGGAGGAAGAAGUUGCCGGAGACAAUGGGACGAAAACAGUGAAAUAUGAGACGUCGGUGAAGUGUGAAAUGGGGGGGGAGUGGGGGCCAUUGACGCCGUCGUUUUGGCAGUUAUCUCCACAUCACCCUAUUCUCAUCUCCUAGUUCAUCACCAUACCAUUAUUAGUGUUAUGUAUAUUAAAUUGUAAUUAAAAAAAUAUUUAUACAAAGAAUUUUUUUUUAUU